GGUUUGGGAGGAGACGGGAACUCCAGUGAGAUUACACAAGAGAAGCCGGAGAGCUAGCGUACAUCGGCGGCCUGCCAUGACACAAAACUCAGCUAGUAAGCUUCUGAAUAGAGAUGUUUGCCACCGGACGAAACAAGAGAAGAAAAUGGGCGAAAACGGCUUCGUGAAGAGCCACUGCUUGUUCCAACAGAAGCGAUACCGCCGCCCGGUUGAGAAGAAUCAUUAUGCUCCGUGCACCUCACUGCUUUACAACAAGCCCUUUGUGGAGUCAUUUGAGGAGACGCCAUUACUGGUAGCCGUCCUUACUUACAUGGGAUAUGGCAUCCUCACCAUUUUUGGCUAUUUGCGAGAUUUCCUGAGAGACUGGAAGUUUGAGAAGUGUCAUCUAGCCAGAGAAAGAGAAGAACAGAAGGAAUUUGUUCCAUUGUACCAGGACUUUGAGAACUUUUACACCAGGAAUCUGUAUAUGAGAAUCAGAGACAACUGGAACAGGCCCAUAUGCAGUGUUCCUGGAGCCAACAUGGAUCUGGUGGAGCGGGUCACACCGGACUACAACUGGACCUUUGAGCACACUGGGAAGUUUCUGAGUGAUGUUAUCAAUAUGGGCUCUUAUAACUACCUUGGUUUUGCUGAGAAUUCUGGCACAUGUGCUGAUGCUGCCUCUUACAGCACUGUAAAAUAUGGAGUCGGGGUGAGCAGCACCAGACAGGAGAUAGGAAAUCUUGACAAGCACGAGGAGUUGGAGAAGCUGGUGGCCAGGUUUCUUGGAGUGGAGUCAUCCAUGGUGUUUGGAAUGGGCUUUGCUACAAACUCCAUGAAUAUUCCUGCACUCACAGGAAAAGGUUGUCUGAUCAUAAGUGAUGAGCUCAAUCAUGCAUCUCUGGUUCUGGGUGCCCGUCUUUCUGGCUCUACCAUUCGUGUAUUCAAACACAACAAUAUGCAGAGCCUGGAGAAGAUGCUCCGGGAUGCCAUUGUGCACGGACAACCUAGAACCCACCGACCCUGGAAGAAGAUCCUUAUUGUUGUUGAAGGCAUUUACAGCAUGGAGGGCUCAAUUGUGCGACUUCCUGAGAUCAUUGCACUAAAGAAAAAAUACAAAGCUUACCUGUACCUGGAUGAGGCCCACAGUAUCGGAGCGCUGGGAACAAGAGGCAGAGGUGUGGUGGACUACUUUGGUCUGGAUCCAUCUGACGUUGACAUCAUGAUGGGCACCUUCACCAAGAGCUUUGGUGCCGCUGGAGGAUACAUUGGAGGAAAGAAGGAGCUCAUCGAUUACCUUCGCUUGCAUUCUCACAGUGCAGUUUAUGCUACCUCAAUGUCUCCGCCCAUCACUCAGCAGAUUAUCACUUCUAUGAAGUGCAUUAUGGGAGAGGAUGGCACCACAUUAGGUCAAGAAAGACUCCGUCAGCUGUCAGAAAACACAACCUACUUUCGCCGGAGAUUGCAUGAGAUGGGCUUUAUUAUCUAUGGAAACAAUGACUCCCCUGUUGUACCCUUGAUGCUUUACAUGCCAGCUAAAAUCGGAGCAUUUGGGCGGGAGAUGCUGAAGAGGAACAUUGGCACAGUGGUGGUUGGAUUUCCUGCAACACCCAUCAUUGAGUCCCGAGCACGUUUCUGUGUUUCUGCUGCCCACACAAGAGAAAUGCUGGAUGCUGCUUUAAAUGCCAUCAGUGAAGUUGGAGAUCUGCUUCAGCUGAAAUACUCAAGAAAAUACAGGGGUGACGAAAGCAACUGUUUUUCCUAUCUGGAGAGCCACCAGGAUUAGCAAUUUCCCAAGAUGAAUGGGCUGUCUUUUACCCCUGAGAAACAUUUUUGUUUAUCUUUUUGUCCAUUUUGUGUAUAACUUAUGCAUCAUUAUAUAUGCUCACAAAUUGACCAAAUGUUCAAGUCUUACCUCUGGGUUUAGUAUCCAAUAUUCAUUUCAAUGUGCAAUAUACAUUGUAGGAGAGACCUUGCAUUCCUGUGUUCAACAUCAGAAAUGACUCAGCAGGGUGCAAAUAACAGGGGGUUUGGGGGGGGGGGGUCUAAUUAACACUUGAUCCCCCGUGAAAGACAUCAAAACAAGAUGUAUGAGGGGGUUUGUCCUUUAAAAAUUAAGAUCUAGUUUCUGAUCUGUAUCUUAAAUAAGAUUAAUACUUAAAUAGAUUACUUCAAUAUACAUUUAACCACCCCUAUAAUGGUAUAUACAGUUGAAGUCAGAAUUAUUAGCCCCCCUGAAUAAUUAGCCCCCCCCUGUUUUUUUUUUCCCUAAUUUCUAUUUAACGAAGAGAUUUUAUCAACACAUUUCUAAACAUAAUAGUUUUAAUAACUCAUUUCUAAAAUCUGAUUUAUUUAUUUUUGCCAUGAUGAGAGUACAUAAUAUUUGACUAGAUAUUUUCCACGACACUUCUAUACAGCUUAAAGUGACAUUUACAGACUUAACUAGGUUAAUUAGGUUAACUAGGCAAGUUAGGGUAAUUAGGCAAGUUAUUGUAUAAUGAUGGUUUGUUCUGUAGACUAUCGAAAGAAAAAAAAUAGCUUAAAGGGGCUAAUAAUUUUGACCUUAAAAUGGUUAAAAAAAACAUGAAAAACUGUUUUUAUUCUAGCCAAAAUAAAGCAAAUAAGACUUUCUCCAGAAGAAAAAAAUUUAUCAGACAUACUGUGAAAAUUUCCUUGCUCUGCUAAACAUCAUUUAGGACAUAUUUAAAAAAGAAAAAAAAUUCAAAGGGGAGCUAAUGAUUCUGACUUCAACUGUACCAUUGUGAAUGCAUGUUUGCACCAAACAUAUUAAUGAAACCACCAAAUCUUGAGCACCAACAGACAGUUUAAGUGUUCACGUAAAACAUUUCUUUAAAAAAGGUAUUUGUAGUUGUCUGUAAAACUAGAUGCAAAGUUUGUAUUUCAUUAUUUUGUGCUCGCACAUGGAAAUUAAAUGGUAAAAAUAAAAAACAUAUUUCACGGUCAUCCAUUAAUAGGUGCAGGAAAUUUAAUAUUGACAAUUUAAUAUCACAAAUAUCAUUGAGAACCACUCAAUAACCCUGAAAACAUAAUAACAAAUUAGAUGUAACUGAAUUAAAUAUAUAAAUUUGGUUCAUUGAGGCAUAUUACCGAACAUAACUAAAAAACUUGACCCCCCACCCCCAAUCGUCAAUGUAUAAUUCGCACCCUGUGACACAAGAUAAAAAUGCUUUUGUGUCGGAACUAACUUUCCGCAUUAGCAUAAUAAUCAUUUUUUUAGACAAAUAUAUGAGUAUGUAAAAUCAUUUUAGGACAUUUUACAGAAUAUCAGGCUUUUUGUCUUGUUUUCCAUUUAUAAUGUCUGAAACGAUGAAAUUUACUCAGGGUGAAGGUUGGAUAAUGUUUGUACAUUCAUUUGCACAAUGUCUGGUUAAUAAAUAUUACAAAAUUUAUCAGCAUAUGUUUUAAACAUAAAAAUAACUAGUUUUUAAAAUUAUGAAAGCCCCCCC